GGCAGCAGGAGGAGGAGGUACAGAGUAGGCGACUUCCCAUUCUGGAAAGACCUUUUUAACGUUAAUUCAUCACCGUGAGCUGGGCAGUUUUAACACCUCAAGAAAUAUGACAGGGGAGACCUCCAGAGCGUUAAGAUUAUGUCGGCAUCAUAUGGCUUUGCUACGAAGAUAUCCUCAUCCUGGCUCAUCGCUCCAAAUAACCAGAUCCUUCAGCUCAGUCAGGGAGGGUAAGCACAGAGGGCUGUUAUGGAAAACUCUCGUUGGCCUCUCUGUUGGCGUGCCUGUUGCGGUGGCUGUUCAGUAUGCUGUGUCAGACCCCAGAGAGAAGAGGAAGAUGAAGAUUGUGAUUGAGGGAUUUGGUCGUUUCUGCAGGUCUCUCUCUGUGGGAAUAUUCAUCUCUGUGGAUUACUGGUGGACCACCAACGUGUCUCUUCGUGGAGUGGAUGAGAGCAGCCCAUCCUUCCUGAGCCAGAUGUCAGCCUGCCACCAGAGGGCAGCAGAGUGCAUGGUGGAGGGCGCUAUAAGGAAUGGAGGGAUAUACAUCAAACUGGGCCAGGGUCUGUGUUCCUUCAACCACCUGCUGCCCCCUGAGUACAUCCGCACACUGCAGGUCCUGGAGGACAAGGCCUUGAACCGGAGGUACAAAGAGGUGGAUGCUCUCUUCCAGGAAGACUUUGACAAAACUCCAGAGCAGCUUUUCAAAACGUUCGACUAUGAGCCCAUAGCUGCAGCCAGCUUGGCUCAGGUGCACAAGGCAGAGCUGUUCAACGGGACCCCCGUCGCUGUGAAGGUGCAGUAUAUUGACCUCAGGGAUCGGUUCGAUGGCGAUAUCAGAACAUUGGAGAUCCUGCUGGAUAUCGUUAAGUUCAUGCACCCCAGUUUUGGAUUUCGAUGGGUCCUCAAGGACUUGAAGGGAACUCUGGCUCAAGAGCUGGACUUCGAGAACGAGGCCAGGAACUCGGAGCGGUGCGCAGAGGAGCUGAAGCACUUUAAAUUCAUAGUUAUACCCAAAGUCUUCUGGGAGCAAACCAGUAAGAGGGUGUUGACGGCGGAGUUUUGUCACGGCUGUAAGAUCAACAACGUGGAAGAAAUUAAGCGUCAAGGAAUAAGUUUGAAAGAUACUGCAGAUAAGCUGAUCAGAACAUUUGCAGAGCAGAUUUUCUACACCGGUUUCAUCCACGCAGACCCUCAUCCUGGAAACGUUCUGGUUAGACGAGGUCCUGACAAAAAGGCGGAGUUGGUGCUGUUGGACCACGGCCUUUACGAAUACCUCAGUCAGUGUGACAGAGAGGCGCUGUGUAAACUGUGGCGGGCUAUCAUCCUAAGAGACGAGGCGGCGAUGAAGAAGUACUCCACUGCGCUCGGAGUCGAAGAGUACUUCCUGUUCAGUGAGAUGCUGCUGCAGCGACCAAUCAACAUGCACAAGCUAGGUCUGUCCAACAUCCUGAGCAAAGAGGAGACGGUCUACAUGCGCGACAUGGCCAUCAACCGCUUUGAGAGCAUCAUGCAGGUGCUGAAGUUGAUGCCUCGGCCCAUGCUGCUGGUCUUCAGGAACAUCAACACGGUCCGGAGCAUCAACAUCACUCUGGGAGCGCCGGUGGACCGCUACUUCGUCAUGGCCAAGAGUGCGGUGCGAGGCUGGGGGAAGAUCCAAGCAGAAAAGGAGGGAAUUCUGCCCCGGCUGUGGAUCUUCCGCUGGUGGAGGACAACAUGGGAAAACCUUAAAUUUGAAGUAGCUUUAAGAUCAGAGAUGGCCAUGAUGGGCCUGACACGAGCCUUCCUAAAGCUCCUGGAGACGUUGGGUUUCACAACGCUGGAUGCAGACUUGUACGAGUACCUCAGAUAGCAACGUCUCAGAGCUUUUUUUUUUACCUGUUGUAGCAGCUGGACAUGCUGCUGGUUCUGGUGCAAUUUAUGAAAACACCAAAUUACAGUGUCGGGAUGGGCGAGCGGCUGGACUUCGGUGCACCGAGCCCGACCUAAGACACAACCCAGCUGUUUUUAAACCAUUUUUAGUUAAUUUCAGGACAACUUAAAAAAAAAAACUAGUGAUGUUAUAUUUUAUAUAAGUCGAACAAUCCUGUAUAAACAAUGUGGAACCGAGUCUGUGCAAUCUCUAUGUAUGUACGUAGCUACGAAACAAAGACACAACUGACCAAACUUCAGUGUUUCAGCCUCUUUGUCUGUAACUCGGCAGUUAAAGGAACAGUCCUCCUAAAAUAAUGCUUGAUUAAAUGUUUUACC